UCCGUCUCGUCUGCUCGCUGGCAACCCCCUCUUCUCUUCUCCCCUACCCAGCCGCCAGCUAUCGCGGUCCCAGCAUGGCAUAGCAUGGCGGCCCACGACGUGCGCAGCGACGAAGGAAAAUUUCGGACAGAUCCACUCCACCCUCCCUCUCUGCAAUGAGUCUUAGCUCCGCUUUCGCAGGCGCACUGAAACGUCUAUUAAACUCCCAUUCUCCCCGUCGUAGAGGGUAAACUUUGGGAGUGCUGCUGCUGCUUCAUUGUUCCCUUAACUUGGCUCUCGUCCCCUUCACCAGCCACUUCCAUCAUCAUCAUCACCACCACCACCACCACCACCAUCGUUGCCUCCCAUCAUUCACUCUCCACCAGCCAGCCGCUGUACCCGCCCACCAGCCGCUCCGCUCCAGGGUGCCUGGCUCCCACAGCAUCAUCAUCCAUCGUGUCCACCCCACGCCCUCACCCGGCUAGCAGCGCUUUGUGAGGUCCCGAUUCAACGACGGUGCAGCCACUCCUGCAGGCGAGCUUUUGCCGACUCGGCCAUCCAAUUGUGCAACGCCAGGCCUGCAUCUCCCCACGCUGCACCUCUUACCCCAGACUCUCGUGCUGCGUGGUACGCCCCUGCGCUUGCUGUACUCUGACAUUCAAACCUACCACGCCUUUGCCGGUCCAUUGUUGCAAAUUCCACCUCCACGCUUUCGGCCCUACCACUGUUGCUGUCAAUACCGUGAUUGUUGCAGGCCUCUAUACAUAGUCCAGCUCCACCGCAUUUGCACCACCAAGCCCGUCCAAAUUCCGUGAUAUACUGGCAUGAACUUCAAAAACAGUACUACCCAUUGGCCCGUAGGACAAGCACGUAAACCGCUGAGAUACCCCCGCAUAUCCAAAGAGAAAUCCCGUCACAUCCCACUACCGCCAUCAGUCUCACAGACCCCGGCUUGCUCCGAAACCAAAUUGCUUCUUUGCCUUCUCAGCAGCCGAUACGUUUGGUUGAUUGCUUCUUGCUUCGGGCCAACGUCCAUAGGCCGUACUUCCCCAGCCUCAUCGGCCUUCCCCCCCUUGUCCCGAUCCGACCUAAACGGUUAGACGCCUGUAGGCUCCCGCUGCCUUCACAGGCUCGGCUGUCAAUCGUAGUCAGACCCUAUUCUUAUCUAUCAGUCGUGGCACGUAAUGGAGGCUUCCAUGACAUUGCUCAGUGCGCAUAUACAAUUUCUGGACACCCAGCUGGCUCUUAUUCACGUUCCUCUCAAUCUCUACCCAAGGUUCCUCCAGCCAAUUUUACAGCUCCUACUUCCCAAUGAAUCACGCAGCAACAGCGUCCAAUGCAAUGGAAACGGUGCUGUUUUGCCGCCGCAGGGUUGGCCUUACGAGCAUCCUUUUAUCAACAUAUCCGUCACUCCUGUCGAAUGUUCCGUUGUGUGCUCGCGGGCGCUUGCAGACGAGCUCUUUGUCCCCGUGCUGAACGCGUUGGACCCAAAUGAAAGGAAGCAAAUAUCCAUCACCCAGGAGGAUUAUGUUGUGAUGCAGAUCGACGGAGAAGGCCUCGACGCUGGUCAGCGUGUUCUCGAAUUAACAAGCCCGCUCGCUUUGGCUGGAAUCUCCAUUUUCUUCAUUACGACUUAUUUCUCCGACUAUAUACUGGUUUCCAACCGUCAUAGGUCUCAGGUCGUCCGUGCCUUGGAGGAACGUGGAUUUCAAUUCGAAGAUCAGACGUCGUCCUACGUUAACCCCAGUGCACACAAUCGGAAAACAUCGUCUACCCCAUCUGUCGAGCUGCAAGCUCCUGGUACGCCGCCUCCUGCGACAGUAUCUGAGCUUCAAACGCGCACGUUUGCAACUCUCAAACGUUGCAACAUACAACCGACAGUCGACCCCAACUUGCGCUUGGUGCAGGUUGCGGGUCGCAAAGACAGCACUAACGGGAUGCACCAAAAUGGAAAUCGUAGCAGCUCGACGAGCGCUGCCGAUGAUGCACUUCACCUCGGGCUUGUAAAAUGCCUCAUCUCGCUACCGCAUCAUAGAUUUUUAUCGCUCACCUUGACCGACAGCGAGCCCGCGUCGCUCCUCCUCGACGAAACCCUGCUUGGGAAUUUUGCCCCCGACAUUCUACUCGGCGCCAAAGACGAAUUUCUCAUCCCCAUCAUGCUUGAUCUCCGUGGACUUCCAAUGGAGAGCACUGGCAUCGUCUGCGGCAUUGCUGGGCGCUUAGUAGGAGCCACGUCCGGUCAGCUCGAGAGUCCUGUUGAGAUGAGUUAUUUGAGUACAGCGCGCGCUGGCACUGUCACCGUGGGUGAUGGCGAGCUGGAACGAGCUCUAGCUGCCUUGCGCGGCUACGGUGAAAAUGGCGCAUUGUCUACGCCUGAUUAGCCUGGUUAGCCGACGAAAGAGAGGUGGCAUGGACUCGACUGUUCCCAGGUGCGAAUCAGAUGAUACCACCGUGGCUUUGACCGAUGAAACGAUUUUUUUUCCAUUCCGCGAUGGAAGCUGAUUACAGCCAAGCGUGGGGAGAACAUGACGGCCUGUGACCGGUCUCCCACACGCCCCACGCCAGCACGAGCAAUUGUCUAAUAUUCUCAGCCAUGUUGGGGUUUUUGCAUAUCUCUUCAAUUGCCCUUACUGCUUACCCUGAAAACUCAAAGUCGCCGCGGCAAUCGCUGUUUUUCGAUUCGACGUCGCAUGCUUCCCCGACAUGUUCCCCGUACAAUCUACGUCAAGGCUCAUGCAAGUCGACGGAAAGGGAAGUGUGGAAGCUGCGCGUCAUCAUGUUAUGCAUAUGUUUUCCUCACAUGAUUUUUCCUGUUUCUCCCAGGUUCACCGCCCGCUCUGGGCCCUUUCGCAUCUUUUGUAUCCCUUGCUCUUAUGUGUUCUCCAUUUCCUAAAAGUUGGCAUCUCAUUCAGGUGUCGGUCUCCAUCCCCGCAACAUACCGGUUGUAUCAAAAGUUUCACCCUAUCUUGUUUCGGCUUGCUUUUCUAUUCGUACGCAUGUUGGAAAGAGAAAUGACUCGGAGCACUUUUGUUGUCUAGCAUAUCAUCGUACGUUGUUAACCCAUCGAUCUCAUCAAUGACAUAGUUCGGUUUCCAAGUCCUCGCCAGCAAAAGUACCCUGUCAAAUUCAGUUUUGAUGUUCAAUGAUCGUACAGCAUAUAGCAUAUGACGUUUUAGCAUUCGUGUAAUUGCUUCGAAGGAUUGCGGAAUUAAUAAGCACUGUCGCGCAUAUCCUAUUGUAGAAGUCCUGAGGAGUGGCUUAUGUAAACUGGAUGAUCCGCCCAGGUGAGGCUGCUUACCUAUGACCAUUGUAUCGGACUCCCACCAACAUUUGAAGCUGUUAUGGUGGGAUCUGCAUCCAGAGUUCCAAUGGCCAUCCCGGAUCGCGACAUCUAAUAAUUCAAUUGGUUGGCACUCACCAUUGGUAGUUUG